AUGAUUGGUCUUAUUAUUGUUUUAUGUUUAUUGGCUUUCUAUUUAAAACAUUUGUUCAAUGAAGCUUAUGACAGGCAGGAGAAUUUUCCUCCAGGACCCGUAAGGCUGCCGGUGUAUGGAGGCUAUUGGAUUUUAUUGGCAAAAGCCUUCAAUGAUCUCGGACGCGCAACAAUGAGACUAGCCAAGGAAUACAAUACCAAAAUUGUGGGUCUAUAUUUAGGCCCCUUACCUCAGGUUUUGGUAAACGACUCGGAGUUGAUCAAGGAAGUUCUUAUCAGAGAAGAAUUUGAUGGACGAGUUGACACUGUGCUUGGAAGGGCGAGGUGCUAUUGGAAGAAGUUAGGAAUAUUCUUCACGGACGGUUUCUUCUGGCACACACAGAGGAGAUUCUCGCUACGUUACAUGCGGGACUUUGGCUUCGGACGCCGCUGUGAAAACUUGGAAGAUGCCAUACAACACGAUGUCAAAGAGAUGAUAGAUAUGGUGAAGAACGGGCCUAAAAAUGAUAUUGAAAAGAAAAUCGUCAAUGGAGAUCUGAUUUACCUGCCACAUUUCUUCGAUGUACCUUUCAUUAAUGGGAUGCUUCACGUGUUUGUUAACACCACUCUACCUCGCGAUAAAUACCCGAUGCUGUGGAACCUCGGAAAGAACUCGUUGAUAUUUCAACGAUCUUCAAAUGAUCUGGGAGGUGCAUUGGUUAUCACGCCUUGGUUGAGGAAUAUUUUACCAAACUACAGCGGCUUUAACGAUUUGACGUCAGGGACUAAGGCUUUGUACGAUUUUUACGGGGACCUUAUAAGGAACGCUAUGGACACUUUUGAUGAGACACACGAGCGUCAUUUUAUAGACAUGUACAUAAAGAAAAUGAAAGAGGAAAUGAAGGAGAAGCAGCGAACGACUUACUCAGUGGAACAGUUGCAAAUGAUUUGUACUGACUACACGUUCCCCGCCGCAAGUGCUACAGAAAUGGUGCUUACUAUGAUUAUUGAGAGAAUGUUGAUACAGCCCGAAAUUCAAGAGAAGGUACACGAAGAAAUCGACAGGGUUGUGGGGCGAGAUCGUUUGCCCACUCUUGAUGAUAGGGACAAAAUGCCAUACACGGAAGCAUGUCUACGAGAAUGUAUGAGGUUCGAUACAUUAGUACCAUUAGGAGUACCACAUCGAGCUUUGUCUGACACCAAAUUGGGUGGUUAUACUAUUGCAGAGAAUACGUCGGUUUCCGUCAACCUUAUGAAUCUAAACUUAGAUGUGAAAGUUUGGGGAGACCCACAAAACUUUCGGCCGGAGAGAUAUAUCGCAAAUGGAAAAGUGCAAGCCAGUCUAGACAAGUCCUUGUCUUUUGGAGCAGGCCGAAGAUUAUGCGCUGGUGAGACGUUCGCGCGGCAGGGUAUGUUUCUGGUCUUCGCUAUUUUCAUGCAAGCCUUUCACGUGUCAACAGCCGAUGGAAAGCCACUUAAAGAUCGAGCGAAGAGGAUACAAGGCAUUAUCACUAGUAUCCCGGAGUUCUGGGUCCGUGUUUCUUCUAGAAGUUAG